UUCAGUCUUGUUUCGUCCACCCGCGGAGGUGGUGUCGUGCUCUGCUCUCUCUAUCGCUCGCUCUCGCUCGGCGCGUGCUCGCUGCGCGUUCGUGCUCUCGCUCGUAACCAAGUGAAACAACACAGUGUGCAUCAUGCUGCUGGUCUCUCGCGCCAGCCAGUGGCUGCUCAGGACUUCGUACAGUGCUUACAACAGUGCGGACAUGGGCUGGAGCCUGCUCGUCUUCGUCGUGGUGCUGGUGCUGGUGCGUCUCGCCCAGCUCUACCGGGAGCAGCGCCGCCUGCCCCCCGGCCCCUGGGGCGUGCCCGUCCUCGGCUACCUCCCCUUCCUCAAGGGCGACAUCCACCUGCACUACAAGGAACUGUCGGAGAAGUACGGACCCAUGUUCUCUGCCCGCCUCGGCUCCAACACCAUCGUCGUCCUCGGCGACCACAAGAUGAUCCGUGAGGCCUUCCGCAAGGAGGAGUUCACCGGCCGCCCUCACACCGAGUUCUCAUCGAUCCUAGGAGGCUACGGCGUCAUCAACAGCGACGGCCGCCUCUGGAAGGACCAGCGCCGCUUCCUGCACGAGCGCCUGCGCCACUUCGGCAUGACGUACAUCGGCGCCGGCAAGGGCCAGAUGGAGGCCCGCAUCAUGGGCGAGGUCGAGUCCUUCGCCGCCAUCCUGGAGGAGCACGGCGAGGGCCCCGUCGACCUCAACCCCAUCCUGGCCGUGUCCAUCUCCAACGUCAUCUGCUCCAUGAUCAUGUCCAUGCGCUUCACCCACAACGACGCCCGCUUCCGCCGCUUCAUGGACCUGAUCGACGAGGGCUUCCGCCUGUUCGGCACCCUGGCGCCAGUCAACUUCAUCCCCGCCCUGCGCCACCUGCCCUGGCUCCAGAACACCCGCAACAAGCUCAACCAGAACCGCCAAGAGAUGGCCGACUUCUUCCAGGAGACGGUUGACAACCACCGCGCCUCCUUCGACCCCAGCAACAUCCGCGACCUGGUCGACACCUACCUGCUCGAGAUCCAGACCGCCAAGGAGGAGGGCCGCGAGGGUGCGCUGUUCGAGGGCAAGAACCACGACCGCCAAAUGCAGCAGAUCAUCGGCGACCUCUUCUCCGCCGGCAUGGAGACCAUCAAGACCACCCUCCAGUGGGCCGUCGUCUUCAUGCUGCACCACCCCGAGAUCAUGAAACAGGUCCAGGAAGAGCUUGACUCCGUUGUCGGCCGCGAGCGGCUGCCCAGCCUGGAGGACCUUGCCUACCUUCCAUUCACCGAAUCCACCAUCCUGGAGGUGCUCCGGAGGUCCAGCAUCGUGCCCCUGGGCACCACCCACGCCACGACCAAGGACGUCACCCUCAACGGCUACCACAUCCCCAAGGACACCCACAUCGUGCCGCUGCUCCACGCCGUGCACAUGGACCCCAACCUGUGGGAUGAGCCCGAGAGCUUCCAGCCCUCCCGGUUCCUCUCCGCCGAGGGAAAGGUCACCAAGCCCGAGUUCUUCGUACCCUUCGGCACCGGACGGCGUAUGUGCCUCGGUGACGUGCUGGCCCGCAUGGAGCUGUUCCUCUUCUUCUCCACGCUGCUGCACAAGUUCCACAUCGAGCUGCCCGAGGGCGAGUCUCUGCCCUCCCUCAAGGGCAACACCGGGAUCACCGUCACUCCCGACGCCUUCAAGGUCGUAUUGAAAAAGAGGCCGCUGGUUUCGGGCGCCACCCCCGUGGCUCCCUCAUCUACCGAGGCCGGCGUCGUGCGAAAUGUUGGCAGCCACUAAGGAGCGCCAGCUCCGACACUCUCAGACAGUAUUCGUCGCCGAAGCGGUAUUAUUUCUAAACAUUUGGUUCCCUAGAACCGAGUGUCUUAAGUUUGCCCAAUAUUUGGGCUGUAGCCCCAGUCCAGUUCCGCAACAGGCCUUGUGCUGCGAGGCCUCUCGCACGGAACUUUGUGCUCUCUUCUGUGAAGUGUGCCAUACGUACUAUAAGAACUUGAACGCACUGUCAACAAGAGUGAGGCUGCAACAAUUCCGGUGUUGUUUGCGAUUGUCUUCCCAGUUAUCUAUCCUGCCUUCCAGGCAGUCAGAAGAGUACAAUGAAUUGUUAUAGGCUGUGUAAAUGAAAUAUUUAGCAUUAGGUGCCUGUGUUCACUACUUAGUUAGCCAAUACUUUGGCAAACCUAGUAAUGAAGUUGUUAUACUAGUCAGUUGAUGUAGUAGAAGCUCAUCGUUUUAUAAGACUGUCUUAUAGUUAUCUCUUCUCUGUGUUAUUUUAGCUGUUUGAUACUCAGAUUGUCAUAGCUGCCCUGCUGUAUGGGCUGUACCAUACAGCAGGGCAGCACUACGAUGUUCGUGUUCAGUAAGCUUUUAAAACAGCUUUUUAAAUUGGAACGACAGGCAUGUUACUUUCGUGCCAGGAAGUACAAAUGCCCGAUGAUGUUGAUGAAAUUAUCUCAGUUGAUUUGUUGAUGAGGUGGAUGUAACCGUCCAGUCCAAGUUUUAUCAUUGUUGAAGAGUAUACGUAAGUGUUUUGUACGUAGUAUGUAAAUAUAUUUAUGUGUUGAGGAUGUGUGAGAGUAAAUCUGAGUGAGUGCAUGUAGAUUGAGUGAUAGUGUGGAAUAGAACUGGGCGAACGUCGAGUCAUAAUUCUGAACCAAUUGUUGUUAGACUAUGCUUUAAAAUUGUUCACACAAAAAUUCCUAAUCUACUUUUCAAGUCAUUUAAGUUCGCCCAGGUUAACCACGAGUGUAUGUUGAUUGUGUGAGUUAUGUUAUGUUCUUUGUGCCAACCACAAAUUUUUGAUACUGAAAAAUAUAGAAAACCAACCAAUUGAAA